UUAUAUCUGGUCACACUGCUGAGGGCAAAGCAAGCCAACCCAACCAAUUUCUGUUAGCGAAUCGAGAAAAAUUGAAUUGCAUUGAAUCGCUAUCACUGCAAUUAUUAUAGACCUUUAACACAGGCAAAAGUGGAAGUGGUAAAAGAUGUCAAAGGCUGAUCAGGAUCCAAAUGCAUCAUUAAGCAUCAUGGAGCAAAUCAAAUUGCUGAUCAAGCCACCACCCAAUGAGGAUGAGAAGCAAGCGCAGCGUUCGACAAAUACAAAGCAUCCAUAUUACAGGCGUCCGGGACGGGGACAUAAUCAUGAUUUCUGUGAUGCCUGCGAGGAGGGCGGCAAUUUAUUAUGCUGCGAUCGUUGCCCCUCGAGCUUUCAUUUGCAGUGCCACGAUCCACCGCUUAGUGAGGAGGAUAUACCCACUGGUCAGUGGUUGUGUCACAGUUGUCGGAUGGCCAAAAUGUCACAUCCCCCAUCGUCGUCGAAGGCGUCGUCGGUGGAGCGUGUACCCUCGGCGGGAAGUGGCUCACGUGCCAAUACACCGUCAUCCGGUGAACUGGAGUCGAUACCUUUGAAAAUACGUAACUUACGCAAGCGGAGCAACAGUGAACGCAAUAGCACGGAGAAGCUGUUGUCCAAGAUGCCACUGGCCAUACAACGUGCCCUCGAUCCCAAUAAGAAGCCAACACCAUUGGAUGAUGUUAUACGGGCGGCAAGUAUGCUGAAUCCCCAGCAAUUUGCGUUGCCCGCCGAACUGGAGCUGCAUGCCCAGUUUCCGGGACAUGGCAAGGUGCAGCCUGUCCAGCCGGUGCAUACGGAUAAUGGCCAUCACGGUCGUAAGACUGGUGCCGGCUCUGCUGGCAAUCAGCGACGCAAUUCAAAACCAUUCGAGCUGGAUUCUCAGGGUUUGGUCCCGUUGCCGGCCAAAACCUGUUUCUAUUGCAAGCGAUCCUGUAAACGAGCUCCGCUCAUCUCCUGCGAUUAUUGCCCAUUGUAUUAUCAUCAGGAUUGUCUUGAUCCGCCGCUGACAGCAUUGCCAGCUGGUCUCUGGAUGUGCCCGAAUCAUGCCGAGAAUUUCAUUGAUGCCAAUAUGACCAGCAGCAUCUCGGCAACGGAGCGUGUUAGAUUGUGGAAUCGGUUCCAUCAGCCGAUGGACCAUGAGAAUGUCAAAAUGGAGUUCUUUCGCCGCGUCAAUACCCUCCAUCCGCCAUUCCGGAUGAAAUUGGCUGUCCGUUCCCGCUGCCAUAUCGAUAUACCGGCCAUUGUCCGCUACCAUUAUGAGCAUCCGCCGGCUCUGUUGCCCUCCAUGAGGCAAACAUUGCGCUAUGACCGGGUGAAGCGACGCAAAAUGCUGCCAACAGCAGUCGAGGAAAUCUCUAGGGAGAGUGUCACAGAGUCGCUGCUCAAGGAUUUGGAAGCAUUGCGGAAUGCUCGUGCCAAAUACCGUGAGAUCCAAAAGGAAUAUGGUCUUGCAACGACAGAAGGCAGUGACACGCAAACGGAUGACGAUGAUGACGACGAUGAGGAGGCUGUGGCAGCGGCUGGAGACACGGCCGCGGUGACCAAGGAGCAGGAAGUGAAGGAACAACAGGGAGAGAAACAGGAACCGGCUGUAGCCGGUAAACUGAACGGAGAGCCAUCCUCUGAGUUGGGCUCCUCGACGGUGGAGCAAAAACCGCAAAUAUCAACGCCAACGCCGGCUGCUCCUCCCUUGGACAUUAGUUUUGAGGACGACGAGGAGGACUCAAAAACCAAUAUUAUCGAUGCAGAUCUCUGUCAUUUGGAUGUGGAUAUUAUUAAAAAGUUGGCCCAUCAACGUCUCCAGCAGCUAGUGCAGGAGCAUCCGGAAAUUGUGGCUCAAUAUAAGAAUCGAACAGCUGCCCGUCGAUUGCGUCAACUGUCAAGCUCAACUGGCUCCGGGUCGGGGUCCGGUUCCGGUUCUGCACUACCAGCUACCAUUGCCCUUCAAGGUCAAUUGGCUCCGGAGGACAUCAAUCGAUUCUCGAUGCUCUUCACCAGUGAAACGUCCGCCAUUUUGGCCCAAAAGAAUGGCAAUGCCGCCGAUGAAGAUCCACUGAUGGCUCUGCAUCCGGCACUGGCCACAGCUGCUGCCAUUGCAGCGGCUGACGCUGCCGCCGAAAGCUAUAAGCCACGCUGCCGCAGCGACACAGAGAAGGCCUACGAACUGGCCACACGCCUCGAGCUGCAGCUCCUCGAUUGCAAGGUCAGGGCCCGAGCCGUGCUCACACCCCUGGGCGAUAUGCUCGAGGAUAGUCGUUGGUUCAGUUCCCUGGGCUUGGAGCACUCGAUAUUUAUGCGCUAUCGCACUCUCUAUGUGGGCUAUGGCGGCCAUUAUACGCCCUCCACCACUCUGGCUCACACAGAAACUGUUGAUCUGUCCGCCAUUGGCUACUGCUCACGCAUCUCUCCCCAGCACGCCAUUAUCUUCUACGACGAGUUCUCCAAAUCGUACGAGUUGAUCAAUUACUCUGAAUUCGGAACCGAAGUUAAUGGUCAGCUCUACACAUGCGAUGUGACCGAUCAUAUGCCAACACAUGCUGGCAAACGUAUGCGUGUCGACGAUGCGGAACUCAAGAGGCGUGUGGACGAUCUCCUUGACAAACGUCGUCACAUUCAUCGAGAGUUUGAUCACAAAACGAAAAGAAAUACCCAAGAUAGAAUGGCGCCGGUUGUGAAGCCCUCGUGUCGUUGUCUACAACGGAAUGCUGGUGAUGGUAGUCCGCCCAUGAUAUCGGGCGCUUGGGAGGGAUCCGCUGUUCUGGCUCAUGGUAGUCUGUUGCGUUUUGGCUGUCUAUCGUUUGUGUUCUCAGUGCCGUCGGUAGAGCUGGGCAAGCGUCUGGCGUAGGAUGGAUGACUCGAUUAACAUUAUCCCCCAUCAUCAUCAUUGAUCAUCUCUUCGCCUGCUGCUCUUCUUUCGUUGGGUAUCAUCAAGGCAAUGGCCAUGUGAGGCAGCUAUCAUCACUACAAUCCCCUCCCCACCCUCACCAUAUAAAUACUAGGCUUAAGCAAAAAAAAACAAAACAAAAAACCCAGUUAAAUGAACAGAAAAA